CGGCAGGGUGACUUCCGGUUUAUUUCCGGGUUAUAACGAAGUAUAAUAACAGCGAUAAUAUGGACUAAUUAUUGUUCCAGAUAUGAUUCAAAUAUUCUGAUGUUAUCUACUGAGAUCAUUACUUUCAAUGAAAAACAUCACUAUAAUUGGUUGGGCUGCUAGAUUGGUAGCAACAUGAUGUAAGCUAGUGCCUGUUGAAACACUGUUGUUGGUUGGGCAUCUAUUGCUAACUGGACUGCUAUAUUGGAUGGACCAUAUGUGUUGGUUGAACAACUAUAAAUGGUUGGACCGAAGUGUUGGUUGGACCACCAGUGUUGUUUGAACUGCUUGAUGGACAGAAUGUGUGAUGGACAAUUAGUAUUAUUUGAAUCACUGUUGGAUAGACAGCUUCUGUUUUAUCAGACAGCUCUAAUCAGUUGAUUUACAAGUUCCUGGCGGAUAAAUAUUCGCUGUAUAGAAAGAUACAAAAAAGUUCUUUUGCUAACUUUAACAAUGACAUGGUUGGUGAAUUGGUAUCAGAUAAUUUGCAACCAAGACAACACAUGGCCGAUUCCUUAAACUCUAAAUGGCAAAUAAAUUUACCGAAAAUAGUUUAUUUUUUUUAUGUCACUUGUCUAUUAUAACAUGCAUUUACAAUCAUAAAGAGUGAUUAAUGAAAAUAUGAAGUGAACUUGUCAGAUAAAAUUUCCUAUAUUUUUUCCUAUAUUUUCACUAAAACUUGGUUGACGGCCUGUAGAAAAGGAUUGACACUUGCUUUCCAUGGUGACAACAAUUUUUUUUGUCAGAGUCUUAUCAGCAGAUGGCUUGGGAUCAUUCUUGGUGGCUAAUAAUAUAAUAUUCCAAUUGGCUAUAAUGCAAUUUCUUUAACACCAUCAAUGGUGGAAGUAAGCACAAGCCUGCAAGCACUGCCUUCUGGGCUUGCUCAAAUUUUAUACAGCUGGGCUACUUCAAAAAUGUAAACAGUAGUAUAUAAAUUCGGGCUUGAUCAUCCAAUAGACUAAAUUUGAUGAGAGCAUCAAGUUAUAGAUGACCAUUAUGAAUAUAUUUAUAUUAUCAAAACCCAAAAUGUAUCCCAAAAAUGUUUUUUUUUUAAUUAUGCCAUCAUCAAAGGGAGUUUAGAAGGGCAUAUAGAAGUGAGCAAAAUUGUCUGGUUGGUCAGUCAGUUUGUUUGUUUUUAAGGUGUCCUCGAACAUUAACUCAAGCUAUGGUUAACCGAUUUAAAUGGUUUUUGGCACACAUUUUUGACAUGAAACACAUCAAUAUCAACUUUGGUAGCAAACUACCAAUUUCUAACCAAGUGACCCCUUCUCAAUCUAAAAUGCGUUCAGUUGUUUAAUAUGUCGGAUUUUAUCAUCAGGUUUUGAAUUGGCAAAAACAUGGUCCUUACAAUAAUUUAUGACAGGUACAAUGGAUUGAAAUAUAUAAAAAAAAAUAUGCAGGUUUAUCAUUGAAAUACUGGUCAAGAACAACAAUGUUUAAAAUCCACUAAUGUUUCACUGAGUUGUGGCCCUUUUUCGAAUUCUUUUACAUAGAAAUUGUUAAAAAAAAAUGUUGUUAAAGUUUCAACACAUUUAAAUAAUUGUACAUAGGUUUCAAACCAUAGAACACAGGUCAGGUACAGAAACUGUUCUAAACUAAAAAUUUAUGCCUGAGUUAUGGCCCUUUGCAAAUUAGAAUUUGCCAAAAAUGUGUCUGAACAAUAACUCAUGAAAGCUUUGACAGAUUUAAAUACAUUUGGCUACACAUGUUCAAGACUAAUCGCUAUAAAAGACAUUCACUUUUCAUUUUUAUGGAAUGUCAGCAGAAAUGAAUUUAAUAUAAAAAUUGCUCAUGAAUGCAAUAUUGUUCUACCGGCUCUAUAGAAAUGCAGCUGAAGCGAAGGCUUGGUGUGAAACGGAAAUAUGUGCUACAUCAUCGGGUGCAACCAAAAUGACGUGCUGCAUCUAUCAUGUGAAUGUACACUCAUGUCCGCUUGAGCAUACUGACAAUGGCCUCUGUGGACCAUGGAUUUCGCCAGGAGGAACUUUUACGCAUUCAAAAGUGCUUGUUGGUCCAGUCGAUAAAGGGAACUGGACAAGUUACAUUUCCGGACUGUACCAGAUCGGUGUUACAUCACUUAUCGCGCAUUUCAAGUUUGCUGGCAUGCAAAUAGCCCUAGAGACAAAAACUAAUGUACUUCCGAGAGUAGUGUGUGGUGAUGAUCUUUGUGAGAAGACGGAUGAUACUGACUCUGAGACUUGCAACAAUUGUCCAGCUGAUUGUGGGAGAUGCCCACUGGAAUCCUGGGAGAUCGCGCUGAUUGUAGUAGCAUUCCUAAUCUUCCUUGCCAGUUUGGCCUGUGCUUACGGGUACAUGCAAUGGCAGCGCAGAAAACUGCUGUGGAACGAGGAUUGGAUCAUUCCACCAGAUAAGAUUGCCGAUGAUGAGGGCUUGCGUGGGGCUUUUGGCAGUAUGGUCGGGAGUAAUAUUGGAGUACAAGGAGCGAGAAGUCAACAAUCCAGCAAUCUAAAUGUCGGCCAUAAGCAAGUUUUCUGCAGGACAGCGCUUUUUGAUGGCCGCUCUUGUGCAGUAAGAACAGUCACAAAACCAGAGUUCAGCCUCUCAAAACAAGUUCGAAUGGAAGUGAGAGCUGUCAGGGAGUGUGACCAUCCAAACUUGUGCAAGUUUGUCGGAGCGUGCAUUGAGGUCCCUCAAAUGUGCGUGCUCAGCGAAUACUCGGCCAAGGGAAGCUUGAGCGACGUUCUACUCAAUGAGGAAGUUCCCCUUAACUGGGCCUUCAGAUUUUCAUUUGAGAGUGACAUUGCCAGCGCUAUGAAGUAUCUACAUGGGCGUGGAAUUAUCCACGGACAUUUGAAGGCCAAUAACUGCGUUGUGGACGACAGAUGGACAAUCAAGAUCACAGAUUAUGGCUUGGAAACUCUACGAUCCAACGUGCUGACUGACCCGGAACAGAUUGAAGAAGCAAAAUACCAACAAAGACGCUCAUCUGUUUAUGUCGCUCCGGAACUUUAUUCUGAAAAUGGUUUCAAGGCCUCUAUGGAGGGUGAUGCUUACGCUUUUGCUAUUCUCAUGAUUGAAAUUGCCCUGCGAGCUGAUCCCUAUGGAGAUGAAGAUGUAUUCAGUCUGAAGUUACCAUGGCAACCUGCACUCCCAGAUUUUAACCCUGACAAGUGGGAAAAUAAAGAUGACCUGUGUCCAUGUCCAGAGGCAUAUAAUGAUCUCAUUCAACAGUGCUGGAGUAAGCAACCUUCUCAGCGCCUCACCUAUGAUAAAAUCAAGGCAGGGAUCCGCAAGAUCAACCCCAGCAAUCUGAGUGCCAUCGACCUUAUGAUGAACAUGAUGGAGAAAUACUCCAAACAUCUCGAGGUGAUUGUGGCGGAAAGAACGAUGGGAAUAGUGGCGGAGAAAGAGAAGACUGAAACCCUACUGCAUAAUAUUCUCCCAAAGCAAGUUGCUCAUUCCCUCCAGCACGGCAUCCCAGUUGAGCCAAAAUACCAUGACUGGUGUUCCAUAUACUUCAGUGACGUUGUUGGAUUCACGAAGCUGUCUGGCAAAAGUAAACCUAUUGAAGUUGUCCGUAUGCUGAACAAUUUGUACAUCGCAUUUGAUGAAGUUAUUGACCACUAUGACGUCUAUAAGGUGGAAACAAUUGGAGAUGCUUACAUGGUGGCGUCAGGAAUCCCAGACUUCACAGAGCACCAUGCACGUGAGAUAGCAAACAUGUCGAUUGAUCUGGUGGUGGCUUGCCAGCAUUUCGUAAUUCCGCAUCUGCCUGAUGAACCCCUCAAGAUUAGAGUUGGGCUGCAUUCUGGUCCAGUUUGUGCCGGUGUCGUAGGAAUCAAGAUGCCGCGCUACUGUCUGUUCGGCAACACAGUCCAAAUAACUAGCAGCAUGGAGUCCAACAGCAUAGAGUACAAAAUUCAAAUCAGUGAAGCCUGCCAAAAGUUCCUGGCUCCAUACGGGCAGUUUGAUAUUGAGGAGAGGGGGAAGUUGACUGUCAUGGGCGUAGAAUGGACGACGUAUUGGCUACAUGGACGUUUGCCUGGCUACGAUCCAUUAGCUUAUUCUGAUGAACAGUGAUGUGCAUUUGUGGACAAAUCAUUUGGAUAAAAACAAUGGUCACCUGAAUGGAAUUUUGGACUGUUGUUUUAUUGAGUUUAUCAGUUUGUAACAAAAUUUAUAAACUGGUGUUGGCUUCCACUCCGCUUGUUCCAACAAAGUUGAAAGUUCAUGAAAGACUCUUCUGUGGAAAAACAAGGAUUAAAGAAAGGGGCAUUAAUACUUACAUGCAAUUAUUAAGUUAUUAAGAACCUGUCAGGAUAUUGUGUACAUGUAUGUUCAGUAAACAUGUUGUUUCACUAACUUUGUUUAGUUGUUGAUGUUGGUUGUUGUUGAUAAUACUUUGACUGGUCUCAUACUUAAAAGAUUUUAACGUAUGAAGAAAUUGGCAUUGCCUGGGUGUCUUUCAUAUGCAAUGGCAUUACAUUGAUCAACUUUUAUCAUUUGCCGAAACCAUUCCAGAUUUUUACCUAGAAAUUAGUACUAACAUUUACCAAUCAUGAUACAUACAGUAGGGGUGUAACAGUCAUCAAGAUUAGUCUUUUGGAUGAACAAGCCCAAGUUAUAUACUACUGGUUGGCAUUACAAUUUUGAACAAGCCCUCAUGCUGUAUGAAACCCAGAAUUGGAGCAAGCUCAGAAAGCAUUUAACCAGAGCAGAGCUUGUGCUAAUUUAAACCACUGGUGUACCUCUGGAUACAUGUUAGUGAAGUUAUGCCAGUUGAUGAACGGAGAAAAAGGAAUGAGCAUUUUAAAGAAGGCUUAUGACCUUCUUUAGCAGAGGCCUAAAUUCGACUUCUUUCCAACAGAAAAAAAAAUGUUUUUCCCAAUUUAUAGAUACUGGUUUCCUAAAAAUUAUUAACAAUAAAAAAAAAAUCUUUUAAUCAUGAAAUCCUUGUAGUGCUGAUGUUACAAUACUUGUGUUUGUUUCUAGUUGUAUGUCAAUGAAGCAUUUACACGAAACAGUGUUAAAUUUUCUCGAAAUGAAAAGGCCUGCCAUUGGCAUCUGCUUAUGAUUAAAUAGUAUCUGUUUUACUCCUUGCCCAAAUAUCAGGAAAAUGCUUAAGUCAAUUGUCAAUCAAAACUAAUUUUACCACAUACGGUAACCACAUAGAAUGAGUCAAAUGUUUAUAUUUUUGGAGCACAUUCUCUCAUAGAUUGUGUUCAUAAAUAAAAUAUUUUAUAGAAAAUUUCUUCAAUAGCAAGAAAUGUACUUAUGUUCUCUUAGGUACAAUUUUUGUCCCCAAAUAAGGUGUUAAGAAUAUUGAGGUGCCAUUUUUUUUUUUUAUUACAGUACUACAUGAAAGAAUGCAUUUUUAAAACAUGCAUCAUUUUCAACCAUACCUCAUUUGAGAUUGAGAAAGUAAGUUUUUUCUUGAUAUUUGAGCCUGGUUUCAAAAUACAUGAUUUUGAGCCAGAAUUAUACUGUAUAUUAGAUGUUAAAUUAAAUGUUAAAUUGCAAGUUGAAUGUUGUUAAAUUGAAAUGUAAUGUAUAAAAAUUCUGCUUGAAUGUUUGUUACUGUUUAUAUGUAAUUGAUUGCAAAUCAAAGACUUCGAUCAAUAAAUUGACCAAUUUG